CAUACCCGCUGGAAGCAGAGCCCGCAGGAACUGCAGGGAAAGCUCCUUCCCAAGGGGAAGCAGCUGCUGGAAGGCUGAGAGGAGAGUCGUGCCCUCACUGAGAUUUAGGGAUCAGAUGCCAACAUAAGGAAUAUUCCACGGAUUAGUGCAACAUUGAAGAGCCCUGUUUCCAAGCAAAUCCCAUCACAGAACAAAAAAUCGAUGGGGAUUUUAAUUUAGGGAAUAUCUUUAAGAUCCUGCUCGAUAAUCUCCCGUUUUCCAAGGAGAAGGGAACAAAACGAGUCCGUGGCAGAGCCGGGGCUUGGGGCUUCCAGGAGCCUCCCAGGGCUUGGCACAGUUUGGCUGCGGCUCCCUCGGGAUGAGGCGGCUCCGUCCCCUCCCCAAAGUCACCGGGACACACGUCAUGGGAUCAGGCUGGAGCUGGACCUGCCCACUGACACACAUUCCCAAAAUACACCUCGGAGCAGGAACUGCCCUUCACAGCCCAGGGAACGAGGACUCGCCUGCUCAUCCCACGGGUUUAACCCCCAGAUCCCGGGGUAAAUCCGCCCUUGGAAUUGCAGCGGGGAUGGACACAAGGCACUUGCCCACAGCGGUGGAGUUUUCAGGAGAACCAGGAUUACCUUGGAAAUCCUAAUGGAUGGAAAAGUCCCAAGAGUGCCACUCACAGCACUUGUUCCCAGGUAAAAAGCAGGAAAAGGGAUUCCCCGAAUUAAGGAGAAACAAAGAAAUCCUCUCCUUUGGAAUACGUCUCCUCCAAAAAACCAGGACCAAUCCAGAGCCCGUUCCCAGGAACCGCAUCCCACAAACCAGUGAUCCCAAGGGUUCUCCCCACUGGAUAUCCAGUGACACCCCACAGGCCAAGAUUUUUCCAGAUCCCAGAACCACAAAGGUCGGAAAAGGCCUCCAGGACCGAGUCCAAGCAUUCCCCAGCACUUCCAAGCCCACCACUGAUCCAUGUCCCCCAUCCACUUCCACACGGAUUUUAAAUCCCUCCAGGAAUGAGGACUCCACCACUGGAGUGUUCCAAUGCCUUACAACCCUUUCCAGGAAGGAAUUUUCCCUAAUAUCCAAUUUAAACCUCCCCUGGAGCGUGUUGAGGCCUUUCACUCUCAUCCUGUCCCUCGUUCCCUGGGAGCAGAGCCCGAUCCCACCAGGAUCCAACAUCCAGGCAGGGAUUUGUGGAGAGCAAAAAGCUCCCCCCGAUCCUCCUUUUUUCCAGGUUGAGCCCUCCCAGCUCCCUCAGCUGCUCCCAGAGCUCCAAACCCUUCCCUGGAUACCUCCAUGUCUUCCUUGUACCAAAGAUCCAACAAGGUUUAUCAAUUCCAGACCUUCCCAACCAUCCAAAGAAGAAGAGGUUUUUAGGGAUAACUCCUUAAGGCAGGGAGACAUUCCAACUGUCCAAAUUAAACCCUUGGGGAGGGACGAAAAAUCCUCCCCCCAUAUCUCCAAGAUUCCCAACGUUUUCCUCCCUGACCUCAGCCAGAGCACAAUUUACCUCCGGAGCUCCACGCUCGUCACCCUACGGAAAACCCUUCGGGAAUGACAAGUCAAGGAACACCCCCAGCCCCUUCUCGGGAAUCUGGGAGCGGAGAAGGAGCCCAAUCCAGGGCUGCUGAGAACUCAGGGAGUUAAACCCAUCCCCCAGUGCCUGUGCUGCAGCCACCCACAUUCCCUGCCGGCAGAGCCCACGGAGCAGCUUCCCGGCGGCUCCCGAGCUCCGGCAAAAAUAACGGCCAAGUUGCCAGGGGGGGGAAAAAAAAAAAGAGGGAUGAAAUCCAAAUUAAUUUGGGGGUUGAAAGAGAACGUGAUGUUCCAGAGGGGGGUAAAAUCCACUCCUGGUUAACAGCCGGCAAGGAAAGCUCGGCUGGAGUGGGAAUGGGAAUGGGAUGCCGGGAUGAGGUGAUGGAUGCAGGAAGCACCUCACUGCUGUAAGGGAUGGGCAGCUGAGCAUCCCAAACCUGCUUCCUGGCUGUAAUUCCCAGGAACGAAAACUCCUUGGUUUCCCUAAUUUCCAGUUGUUCACCACACAGCCAGUGGUUUUUCCACAGGAAAAAUUCCAAGGGGUGGGCGAAGCCGGCGAGGGCAGAUCCAAGCGGGGAGCGGGGCUCGCGCACAGACCGCCUCAGACGGAGCCUCAUUCCUUUAGGAAAAGCUAUUUUUCCCUACAAUCCCAACAGCUUUCCACCCUGGAAUUCUUACCAGCUCAAAAAGAAAAAGGCAGGGAAAAA